CAGUGGCGAGUGCAGUGUGUGUGAGUGCCGCGUGGAGCGCGCCGGCGCCAGCAGCAGCAGCAGAGGGGAGCGGCCAUGGACGGCGCGGAGACGGCGCUGGAGCAGCUGGUGACGGAGCGCGCGCAGCGACUCUUCCUGCUGUCCGACGCCGAGCGCAAGGGCUUCAUCGUCCGCAGGGACAUGCAGCGCAUGCGCGGGGAGAUGCCUCUGACGCCGGAGCAGCUGGAGGCAGUCUUCGACUCGCUCGACGUCCACGGGAACGGAUACCUCACCAUCGACCAGUUCCUCGCCGGCUUCGGUGACUUCCUGCGCACGCAGCGUCGGCCGCCGAGCCGGGAGGCGCAGCUUCGAUCCCUGGACGAGGCGGACUCUGGCGUGGGCAUGCCCUGCGGCGCGCGGCCCUCCGGCUACCAUGACGCGGACGUCGACGGCGACGCGGACGUGGCGCGGGACGACGACGUGGACGACGACGACGACCAGGACCCCAUGGAGGCGCUGCUGGCGCAGAUCGAGGACACGAGGCUCCUCUCCAGCACGGAGCCGCUGCGCCAGCUGGUGAGGCGGGUUCGCCGUGAUGGGCUGCCGCUGGUGCAGGCCAACCUGGAGCGCUUCCUGGCACAGCUGGGCGCAGACCUCUCCAGGCGGCUGGAGGACGCCCGGCAGCUGGAGGCGGCCCUCAAGGCGCGAGACGAGGCCCAUCACAAGCAGAUGCAGAAACUCUUCGAGGAGAUGGAAGCUCAACUCAGUGAAGACAAAGAAAACAUUGUGAGACAGGAGGAGAAAAGGCUGCGGCUGGGACAGGCGUCGCUGAGGGAGCAGCUGCGGCAGCGCGACGAACAGCUGCAGGAGGCGCUGCUGGCCCAGCAGCAGGCGGCCGAGGACAGCAAGAGGCUGCGCCAGGAGAAUGUGCAGCUGCAGCGCCGCAAGGAGGAGCUGGAGCAGCGACUGCAGGCGCAGCGGGAGGAGACGGCGCGGCUGCAGCGCGUGGCGGAGGGUGCGAGGCGCCAGGGGUCGCGCCACCGGCAGCAGCACGUGGCCACGGGCUUCCGGCUGGCCUGGGCGCUGCUGCUCGAGCAGCAAGGGCUGGUGCAGCAGCUGCAGAUGGUCAGGGGAAUGGCGGACACCCUUACCUCCUGCCGAGACCAGCAGACCACGUCUGAGGAGCGCCUCUCCAGCUCCAGAAAGACGAGUCUUUCACAAUCACGAUCACAACAGACGAGUAUGUUAAGCGUCGGCUCUCUCGAUGACUACGAGUAUGACGAGGAGUUUUACAAGUUUCCUUGUGACAAAUUUGAGCCAGAGGAGCCUUCAGCUGAGGGAAGCAGAGUCACCUCAGCAGUCGCUGACACAGUCGCUGUGAACACGACAUCCCUUCAGGAUGAGAUUGCUCUUUCUCUGAAAGAAAAAGGGAGCCCUUGGCCAUCCUCAGAGAAUGCUGACAGUACGAAGCUGUCCACCAACUGUGUGUGCAGCUGCUAUUCUGUGUUCAGCAGGGGAAGUGAACUAUCACACCUGUUUUCUUUCUCCUAUCAUGAAUUUUGGCUCAUCCCUUUCAUCAUAAGAUAUUUCUGUGUGGGUACGAUUGUGAAAUACACAACAUGUGUCAUUGUGGCUUACAUUCUAAUGCUGAUAGUGAAGUACAAAUGUGAAGCUUCUUAGAAGCACCUCAUGAUUAUGUGGCUAACUGUGGGCUGUGAAAGUACAAUAAAAUGCUAUGCUUUAAUUCGUAUUAAAUACAAACCAAGUAAAGGUGCCUUUAUUUUCUUACAUUUACAAAUGUAACUUCUUAAACAAAAGGCACUGUAAAGUAGGAGAGCAAUAAUGAGUCACUGACCUGUGUGUGUGCCUUAUUGUAAUAUCAAAACAUUGUUAAUGAGCUUUGUAAGAACUAUUUUUGGAAUAAAUAUUUCGUCAUC